AUGUAUCAAAAUCCUAAUCCUCAAAAUUCUCAAGUUCCACUAUUUUUCGGUGAAAGUACCUCAAUUGAGUGCUUAGAAAGAUUCAUUAAGGGCGUGAAUGUUGUAUUUGGGGUUGAGUAUUUGCGAAAGCCUAACAACACGGAUAUUGAACAUCUUUUACAAAUGGGUGAGUCACGUGGCUUUCCAGGUUCUAACAAUGACAUUAAUGUGCUAAACCAAUCUAACGUGUUUAACGAUAUUUUGGAAGGACAUGCUCCCACUGUGCAAUAUACAAUCAAUGGAACACCAUAUAAUAUGGGGUAUUAUUUAGCGGAUGGUAUAUAUCCUGAGUGGGCUACAUUUGUCAAGACCAUUUCAAUGUCGCAGGGAGAAAAGAGAAGAUUAUUUGCUCAACAUCAAGAAUCAGCUAGAAAAGAUGUGGAGCGGGCAUUUGGAGUGCGCCAGUCUCGAUUUGCAAUUAUACGUGGUCCAGCGCAUGCUUGGCACAUGGAAACCCUCAAGCAUAUAAUAUAUGCUUGCAUCAUAUUACACAACAUGAUUGUUGAAGACGAACGACACACAUAUGGAGGUGAUUUUGAUUACUCUUAUGCUAAUGUAGAUGACAACAACUCAACAACUGAAACAUUUAACGGUCUCCAUCCGAAUCUUGCAACAAGGCUACAAAGAAGAGCAAAUAUUCGUGAAAAACAGGUUCAUCGCCAACUUCAAGAAGAUCUGGUCGAGCAUAUUUGGGAACGUUUUGGACAUGAGGAAGAUGAAACUUAA